AUGUGUAACGGCAGCUCAACUCGCAUCAGUCAAGGCGGCUCAAUCGCAGUUCUGCGACCGACACAGCAUUUACGACGUUCCAACACAGACGAGCUGAUGUUAUUCUUCCACAACCAGUUCUCCACCGCAGGCACAAGCGUCGAGUUCCAAGGCUGGGGCGAAGAUGCACAAAGAGAUAGACACUGGGUUGUCAUUCACCGCGACGGCGACCUUUCGGGCUGCGAGUCUCCCGUUCAGACUCGGCCGUUUUACUCGUUCGCGUUGGACUCGAGCGAUGCUUCGACGAUGCAUUUGCCGCGCAAGUUGGAUCUUGGCGUUGGUGAUGCUGGGAUCAUCGGGCGUAGAGUCUCGGUGAUGACCGGGUCGACGAAAGGGCCGUUGACGGUCGCUGAGGGCAUUAUUGGGUGGAAUUGA